CCUGACACACAUCACAGCAGCUUUGAAGUGGCCUCCACACUAACCACAAAGAGCAGAGGGGGAGACCAGAGGUUAAAAGGGAGGCCAGAUCAAAUCAAAUGGAUUUAUAUAGCCCUUCGUACAUCAGCUGAUAUCUCAAAGUGCUGUACAGAAACCCAUCCUAAAAUCCCAAACAGCAAGCAAUGCAGGUGUAGAAGCACGGAUGCCACUGACAGAAAUUGGGACCUCGGUUGGACGUAGGCUCACAUAGCCUAGUGUUAGAGUAUAACAGCAACUUUCACAUUAUUAUUUCAAAUCUAAAUCCAUAUUUGGAGGUGGAACAGGUUUCUGUGUGUUCGGCAGGUUUAACAUUUUCAACUCAACAAUUGAUUGCAAUUCCAUUAAUUUAUUUCUCUCACUUUGGAGUGGAAAGAGGUGGAGUUUCAGCUUGCUGUCUGGGACUAAAAGUGGGAGUCUCUCUGGAGGAGGAGAUGUCAGGGAGGGUGUGCAGCAAUAACAGUGUGAUGCAGGCACGGAGGACUGUGGAACAACUACGAGUGGAGGCAAGCAUGGAGAGGAUCAAGAUCUCCACAGCAGCUGCCCAGCUGGUGCAGUACUGUCAGGAGCACAGUCGCAGUGACCCCCUCCUCACCGGCAUCUCUGCCUCCUCCAACCCCUUCAAAGACAAGAAGACCUGUGUCCUGCUGUAGAAAGGCUGCCCCGGGACACCGCUCUCUGGUGCUGCAUUCAACAGUGCUUCAUCAUCAACAACAGUGAAACGUUUUGAUGCCAGGCUACUUCAUCAUGUCCUACUUCAACAUGUCCUACUUCAACAUGCCAGACAAGACAUUAACAUGUUGGCUAAAGCAUAAACUGACUGGUUGGUACAGUAUUGGUCAUGCUGUAACUUCAGCAUGUGGCUUGCAGUCCAGAAUGUCUCAAUAACAAAAGGAGCAAACUGUUCACAUCUUCUUCUUGACAUUACAGAACCACAGGGUACACUGGUAAACAAUGAAUUGAUUGAGUGUAAACAUUUUAUUCAUAACAAAAGAAAUCACACAUCGCAUAUUCACAAAAGCAUAUUUACAAAAUCUGAAUCAUUUGGGUAUUUUUAUGCAGUCAGAGGACUAUCUUGCAGCAGGUGAAGAAGGGUUGCAGAUAAGGAGUUGUCAUGGAGAUUGAUUGUUGCUAAGGACAGACACUGUUGCCUCAGACUAUCAGUGUGUGUAAUAAAAAAAA